AUGUCCUCCAAGGUCCAUGCGAAACGGAGAAACGCCUUCUCUGAUAACCCCCGCACAUCAUUCAUUCAUUCACCCGCACUCGACCUUCCAUAUCUACCAACGGAAAUAUGGCUCAUGAUUCUGCGCGAAGCCACAACCAUGAACUCAGACCCCCUCGAUAUCUCCCUUGGUCUAUCAUUUUUGGAAACCACCUGCGAAGUCUCAGAAUACCACGCCUCCAUGAAGAUCAAGCGGGACCUAUCGCUUGUAAGCAAAAUGUGGAAUAAAUACAUGCAGGAGUACCUAUACGAGUUUGUUUGGAUCAGUCGAGCCAGCCAAGCAAAAGCGCUCGCACUCACCUUACUCACACAAUUUAUCGAGGGUAAGCCCUCCAGCGGCAACUACAUUCGCCGAUUACACAUGGAAACGCCCGUCCUCAUGCGGUGCGCUACGGAUGAUAUCCGUACCAUUCUUGAUUACGCCCCCCAUCUCGUCAUCUAUUCUGAUCAUCACUCUGUGCGAUGCAUGCGGUAUUCAGAGUUUAUUGAUGUGCGCUGUUCCCCGGAACAGAUGGUUUCUGUUCUUGCAAAUUCGAAUAGCAAGCUCCGCAAACUCUCUCUUACCAACUAUAGUGAUGACCCCUUCCCAAAACAUGUGUCGCCGCUCCUCCGGCGCACUGCAGCUAACCUCGAAUACCUGGAACUUUCAUCAUCCACUAUACCCCUCGUUUCUGGUCACCUCUUCGCAUCAAAAUCCCCCAUCGUUUCCCUUCCUGUACUUCAAUCCCUCAAACUGACCCUCGAUAACACAACCUUUGCGGUACUUGCGGCAUGGGACAUGCCAAAUCUGCGAAAUGUCUCUGUAGUCUCUUCAGAUUUUGGCUACGCAGGACCCGGGUUCGCUUACUUCUUUGCCGCACAUGGCAAAAAACUACACCAGUUGGAACUGGGACACUCUUCUUCGCUCGUCGUCGAACACUACCUCUCACUUCAUCCUCGGCCUGUACAACAUAUUCCACUAGCAGAGUGGUGCCCCAAUCUCAAAGAGUUCAUCUGUUCAGCGGAUGCAGAGUGGAGCUGGCAGAAUCCAGAUUGGAUAGCUCCACACGUCCUCCUUCCUGGGCACAAAAGCCUGGAAUUCAUUGGCAUCCGAGAUAUCGAUAAGCGCCUCAUGGAUGACGCGUAUGCUUUCCCUGCUGACAGGGAAGAUGAGGCGCCAUUUUUCCCAUUGGUGGAGCAAAUCUCGUCGCUACUCUUCAAUGACGCCUUCCCGUCUUUACGGUACAUCCGUGACUUGAGCCGGGGAUCCCAUUCGAUGCGCGUCGGACAACGUCCCGAGACGCGAAUCUUGAAAUUCUGGGCCAAGAUCCUUGCCCGUUGUGGUGAGCGGCAGGUCUGGCUCGAGGAUUUCCGAGGCGUCAACAUUACGUUACGGGAUCUGAAACGGGCAGGACUUGACCGUAUAGGAGGUGCUGACACUCUUGUCUAG